AUGAAAGCUAUUUAUUUAAAUAAAAGCUUUUUAAACGUACAAAAAUGUUUAAUGCCAGAUUGUGAAUUUUUAAAAUUAAAUUAUGGUAAAUACUGUUUAUGCACUGUGCAACCAGAGUGUUCUCUUAUUGUAAAAAUAGGACUCAGCGAAAUUAAAAAUACUAAAAACAUAAUUUAUUUAGAUGAUACUGUUUGUAAAUAUUCUUCAAAAAAUUAUGAGAAAAUUAGUCAUUUAGAAAAUAUUGAUUUCAAAGACUUCAAAAUUUUAAAAAACCCUAUCAAGUCUAAACAAGUUGAAGUUACAUUGGUGUGUUCUGAUAUUUUUGGAGUCCAGAAAUUUAAAAAUUGCCAACAAGAAUUGAUCAAAAUAAUUAAAGCAAUUUUUAAGUAUUUUACAUUUUGUAAUAAUUCAUUAUUAUCUUUAAAAAAGUUGGGUUCAUGCCAAAUUUUAGGACUAGAAAUUUUGAUCAUAAGCAGCACUGAUAUUUUCAAUAAUAAUCAACCUUUUGUAAUUGAUGAACACACAGAUGUUAUAAUUUCAAAAAUUAUUAGUCUUUUACAAUUUCAGCAAUUUGAAAUAAACAAUAAGUUAGAUGAAAUUGGUGGCUGCAACCAAAUUCAUAAAACCUUAAAAGAAGCAGUUGAAUUAUCAAAGAUUAGUUCAUCAUCAGUUAAAAUCAUCAAUAAAUUAUUAUUGAUUGGUCCGAAUGGAUGUGGAAAAACAACAUUAGUAAAAAUUGUAGCAAAUGAAACUGGUUGUAUAUUAUUAGAAAUAUCAGCCAAUAGUCUUUAUGUUUUUAAUUCUGAAGUUGAAAUGAAAAAUAUCUUAAAAAAAGCAAAAUUGUACAUUGCCAAUGGCGAGUCCUGUAUUUUAUUAAUUAAAAAUAUUGAUAGUUGUUCUCAAAAAAAAAACAUUUCGAAAAAAAUUUUUAAAAGUCUCAUUGAGUUCAUUGAAAAUGUUGAAAAUGUGUCAGGAAUAAUGGUUAUUGCCACAACAAGUUCUGCUAAUGAUGUUGACCUGCAAUUAAGAAUGCCUAAAAGAUUUGAAAAUGAGCUAGAAAUAACCGUUCCGUCGGAAGAAGAAAGAGAAAGUAUUCUUUCAAUAAUUUUGAAAAACUCAAAAAUAUCUUGUGAUGAAAUGUUAAUUAAAAAAGUCUCUAAAUGGACUCCAGGAUUUGUUGGAGCAGACUUAAAGUCACUUGUACUAGAAGCUGUAUUAUUAAGUAAAAAAAAUCAGGUAUUUUAUAUAAAUUUUAAUAAUCUGAUUUUUUGGUUUUCACUGAGAGUUUUACAUGCUCUUCAAAAAAUGUCUCAGCAGAAUAUGAACAACGUUUUAUUAGAAGACUGUUUUAGGAAAGCACUUACCAAAAUUAUUCCAUCUGAAUUAAAAGGAGCAAUAGGUUUGUGCUUAACAAAUGAUAUAACUCUUUCAGAAAUUGGUGGUUUGGAUGAGAUUAAAAAAAUAUUAGAAUUAGAAGUAAUACUGCAACUUAAAUAUCCAGAAAAGUUUAAAAAACUUGGUGUUUCAAUGACAAAAGGACUUUUACUGUAUGGACCACCGGGAUGUGCAAAAACUAUAUUAGUAAAGGCUCUUGCAAAAGAAGCACAAACGACUUUCCUUGCUACUUCAGCUGCAGAUUUAUACUCACCAUAUGUUGGAGAUGCUGAAAAAAAAAUUGUACAGCUUUUUGAAAAGGCAAGAUUUGGUUCACCUGCAAUUAUAUUUAUCGAUGAAAUCGAUGCCAUUGUUGGAAGUAAAUCAGGGGACAGAGAGCAUGGUGUUCAAGAAAGAAUUUUGUCAACCCUUCUCAUUGAAAUGGAUGGAAUUAGCACAAGAACUUUUGCUCAAAACAAUAAUGUGUUAAAUGAGUACUGUGAAACAGAUACUUCAGAAAAGUCUGAAGGUUAUAAAAGAAACAGUGUCAUAGUAAUAGGUGCAACUAAUCAUCCGGAAAUGCUGGAUGAUGCACUUAAACGCCCAGGUCGUUUCGAUAGGUUAAUAUAUAUACCCCCACCGAGUGAAAGUGAUAGGCUUGAAAUUUUAAAUAAAUUAACUAAAAAAAUGCCUUUGCAUGAAACUGUAAAUUUAGAACUCUUAGCAAAACAUACUGAAUUUUAUUCUGGAGCAGAUUUAAGAAAUAUUUGUCAAGAAAGUGGUCUUAGUGCUCUUAGUGAUAAUGAAAUGAGUCCUGAAUUUAUUUAUCAGAGUCAUUUUGAAAAAGUUUUAAGUGAAUAUAAACCAUCUUUAAAUCAAAAGCUUAUUGAUUUUUAUGAAUCAUAUCAGAAUACUGAUAAAAAAAUUAUUUAA